CAGCUACGGAUAGCGUGUAGGCCCAGGAAAGGAGCAGGCCCAGCAGGUGUGGUCGCAGGAAGUGAUGUCAUGCAGUAAGAACCUCCCAGAGGGUGCAGUGGGGUGCACAACUGACCAACACUGGGAGCUGAGGAACGACGGCCAUGCUGAAAGGUUCUUCCUAUCGGCGUGCCAGCUGAGAGAACAGCAACAUCUUCUGGAUGUGACUGUGACCUUAGGCCAAAGGAACUAUGAAGCUCAUGGGAUCAUCCUUGCCGCUAUCAGCUCUGUCUUCCGGCAAUGUUUAGAGGGUGGAGAGCAAGAUGAGGUGAAGCUGGACGGUGUGACCACAGCACAUGGCUGGGAAGCCAUUUUGAAUUUUGCAUAUACCGGGCAGUUGGAAGUCACACUAGAGACUGCUGAGGAGAUGUUAGAUGCUGCGGAGGCACUGGGCGUUCCUCGGGUGGCCCAGAUUUGCAAGGCGGUGUUGAUUGGGACAGAGUCAGAGGACAGGCUGAGUCCCUCUGAAGAGAAAUGGGAGAUGCUACGGAACCUGGAGGAGUUAUACAAAGAAGGAGUCGGCUGGGACCUGGUCCUGAAAGCUGAAGGAGAUACCUACCAAGUUCACCGCCUGGCCUUGGCUUGCGGCUGCGAGUUCUUCCACGCCAUGUUCACCAGCGGCAUGAGGGAAUCCCAGCAGGUGGACACCCCCCUCUGCACCCGCUUUGCUUCAACUGAUCUGGGCCUGGUCAUCUCCUUUGCUUACUCAGGAGUGGUGGCGGGUGGGUGGGAUGACCUGUUUGAUGCUGCGCAAGCUGCUCUGCAAUAUCAGGUGUCUGGCAUCUUGGAGCUCUGUUUAGAUUUUUUCCAGCGCCAGCUGUGCCCCGAAUCCAGCUUGGAUGUCCUGUCGUUCGCUCGUGCUUAUGGCCUGCAUGAGCUGGAAAACUCUGUCAAUGACUACAUAUUAAGGAACUUUGUUCAUGUCUCAGCCACGCCCAAGUUCUUGGACCUUCCAGUCAACCAGCUGGUGGACUUCCUCAGCUCCGAUGCCCUUUAUAUCCUCAAUGAACUUGAGGCCUUCCAAGGAGCCAUCCGUUGGCUGAAUGCUGAUCGCGAUGGACGGAUGGACCACGCUGAGAAAGUCUUGUGCUGCAUCAGGUUUCCUUUGAUGUCCACUCGGGAGCUUAAGCAAGUGCGGGUGGUAGACAUGAUGGCUGCCCCAGGUCACCUCUAUAACCUCCUGGUUGAAUCCUUAUCCCGGUUCCCUCCAGGCCCUUCCAAGAUGGAGCAGCUCCCUUGCCGGGUGAGGUACCCGGAGAAGGUGAUUGUUAUCAGCGGAGGCGACUGUCUGACGAAGAAUAUGGCCACCCGCAGCCCCAGCAAGGACAUCUGGUAUUCUCACCGCUUCGUCAGCGGCAUUGGAUUGGUGAAGCAAAUUGAGUGGCGUCAUCUUGGGGAGUUCCCAGACAAGCCACGUUUCCAGCAUGCAGUGGCAGUCAAGGACAAUAUGAUGUAUAUCCUUGGUGGAAAACACUACUACGGAAUCAGGGACUCCAUGUGCUCUGUAUACAAGUUUGAUCCUCUCUGUGGGACUUGGGAACGUCUGGCCGAUAUGACAAGCUGCCGGAGCUACUUCCCGGCUGUCUUCCGUGACGGACUUCUCUAUGCGCUAGGAGGCAGCUCCCAAGAUGCCUACUGCUUGGACUCAACUGAGUGUUACGAUCCACAUACCAAUGCUUGGAGGUUAUGUGAACCUCUGCCUGCUGCACUUUGUGGCCACGCAGCCUGUGUCCUGGAUGGAUCCAUCUAUGUCUCUGGGGGCAGUGAUGGCUCCUGCCGCUGCCUCUCGACCCUGAUCCAGUAUCACCCCGGCGCUCCAUCCAUCCCACGGGCCGCCAUGAUAGAGGAGCGAGCCGGUCAUGCCAUGGAGACACUGGGUGGACGCCUGUAUGUGGCGGGUGGCCUGCGGUGGCGGGAUGGCCACGGUGGCUAUGCUGACCAGCUGGCCUGCGAGGUGUACAGCCUGGGCCCAGAUGUGUGGGUUGCCUUCAGUCCGCUGCCACAGGCCCACGUCAUCGCGGCUUCCGCUGUCCUACAAGGGGAGCUCUACAUCCUGGGAGGCUACAGCCACAACACAUACCGCGACACCCACCUAAUUCACUGCUACAGCCCAAGCCACAACCGCUGGGUCAGUAUAGGGACACUUCCUCAGGCCUAUGCCGACCUCAGGGCCUGCGUUUUGGAAGUUCCUCCCUCGCUCAGGGAAAAACAGCUGCCACUCUCAGAUACCGCCAUGUUGGAAAUCCCAUACGAUUCCUCACCCUCCACCGCACCCAUACACCAACUCUCUUGAUGUACUUCAGCAAAGGGGAACUCUUUUAUCACCUGCUCAGAUUGGUGUCUUUGCUGUGAACAGAGACAGUGCUUCACUCACGCUUGAGCUUUCUUCCAAUAGUCAUACUUCGAAUUUACAUAGAAUCUCUGAGUGUCCAAAACAAUUUUCUUUCGCAGCCCUUACGGUCAGGGCUGUCAAGAGGGGAGAACUGGGGCACCAAAUUUCAGGAAGUCGGUACCACCCUGGGAGGAAGAGGUCUGAGGGACUAAGCAAGGUGCCAAAUGUCAAAAAUAGCAAAAUAUAUGUCUUAAUCGAGCCUCUUGCAUGCCUGGGUGUGAUGCCAACCAAAGGUACUUUUUUCAGGAAGGAGGAGUCCAUAACGGUUGGCAGCAGCCUUACUUACAAUAGUCCUGCUAAGGAGUUCAUAGAAACACAAGAAGAGCCCUCCUGGAUCAGACUGGAAAGAGCUCCCACUCUCCUAGCUUUCCUAAAACGAUGCAAACCUAUUCAGGAGGGCUUUUUAUACAGCUAAUAGGGCUGUGUUGUAAGAAAUGGUUCAGAGAGAAGCUUUGGUAAAUGGACAGGGACUGUAGACUGUACUACUGGAUACUGUCUGUCUGUUGCUGGAAGCAUGCCCCUCCUGGAUAGUUUCUGUGUCAUUUAAUACGUCGUGUCAAAUUGCGUGUGUUUUGUUUCAGCUCUGUAUUCAGUUUUCAGCUUGUUUUCAAAUUCCUCCAAUCCACAGCCUAUUGUAUUGUUUAUUGAAUGUCCCAGCUAUUGAUCAUAUUGACUUGCACUGUGUAAUCCAUCUUGAAUCUCAGUGAGAAAGGCGGACUAUAAACAACAUCAAGUAAAAAAAAAGUAGUGGUCUAUCUAGUUCAGCAUCCCGCCCCACUCAGUGGCUAACCAGUUACUCUGGAGGUCCAACUACAGGGUAUAAAGGCUGAGGCCUUCUCCUAAUGUUGCCGCCUGGCCCUGAUAUUCAGAGGUUUGCUGCUUCAGUGUGGACAUUCCCUUUAGUUACAGCUAGUCGCUGCUGAUAGACCUAUCCUCCAUGAAUC